UACCCUUCUUUCUCUUUCUUGUGUUGUUUCGUACAUUGAAGAUUAUUGUCGUCUUUAAUCUCUCUCUCUCUCUCUGUUUCCAUUCAUUUUUAUUUCUUCCUCUCAAAUCCUUCACCAAAGGCUCUCUCUCUUCCUCCCAUUUCUGCAUCAUCUUGGGUUUGGUUUUCUCGCCUCGCCUCUUCUCUUUCUUUCUUCGUUUCUUUAUUUUCUCUCCUGAAAGCGUGAUCAUAAAUACAGCUUUCUUUGAUCACCUUAUCUGGGCUAGCUCUUUGUUUCCUGGCUCCGGUUUCUCGUAUAGAUCCAUCUGCUCGGUGUACCAAAAGUGUACUUGGCUUACCAUCUCUGUUGGAGAUUUCUGCAAGAUUUUUACUUGUAACAAAGUUGUUAUCAGGCUAAUGCAAGGGCAGAGGGGUAAACUUGGUGAUUUUCCUAAAACCUUGGAAAUUUGAUUGUGGAUCUACUCCUAGUAAUGCUUCCAAAGAUCAGCAUAUAUGCUGGAAUAAUAUGAGAAAUCCUGCUGGAAACUGAAUACCGGACCAUAUACCAUCACCUGGGUUUAUUAAGGUUGCAUACCUAAAUUCUGCAAACUGUCAGCAGCAGAUGUCGAAUGGAUGGAGCUUGGGUGAGCCUAGUUCUAGGAAUUCCCAGAAUGAGGUCAGGUGUGAUGAGUGGAAAGCAGAAUUUGGAUGGUCUUCGUCAGGAAGUGCUUGUCCUGGGGCUGGUCCGAGGUUGGAAGAAUGGAACUGUGAACCAUCUAAUACAAAUGUAAACCCUCUGUUUGCACAAAGUUCCAAUUCUGAUGUGCAUGCUCAGAAUCUCAACUUAAACACAGAUCCAAUGGGUCAUGGUGGUGAUAAUAGUCAAGCCAUGGGAUGCCCUAACAUGCACAAGUCUAUCAGAUCUGAAAGUCGGUGCAUUCCACCUGCAAGUAGUUCUGAUCAUCAUGUACUUCCUUCCAGACCCAGUGGAGUUUUAGUGACCGAGAACGAUGGCGGACCAGGCUGUUCAAUGAAGGGUCGCCGUGUCCCCUGUAAAAGAAAAGCUCUUGAAGCAAAUGCUGGACAGUCUUCUGUUUCUGGAAGUUCUAGCUACUUUCACCCUUCUGAAAAUAGUGCAUGGUCUGCUGUGCCUGCUCGCUUUAAUUUGAGCAGCAGUUUAGGUGUAUCUGCUACACCCGAACAGGUGAACCCUAGAUUUGGGCUAGGCACAAUGGAAGUAGCUUCUGACUUCGUUCCUGAUCUAAGUUCGGCAGGAAGCUUCCAUAGAAAUACCCGUUUAAGGAUAAGUCCUUCAAAUCAACAAGAUUCUAUUGCCCCUACUUUAAUCUCUACAGAGAAUGCUGUUAGGCAUUCUAGUAUUUCAUCUUCCCUGCUGUCACCAAGACUUCUUCCAGUUGGUUAUUCUUUGGACUUGCGGUCAACACCUGCUUCUGAUCGUAUGAUUCCUCAUAGUCAACCGGUUUUGGUCCACGUUCCUACAUUGCCGCGAAACAUGCAAGGUUACAGGUGGAAUGGAGGACCUAGCUUGGGAGCUGGCAAUAUCACAAGCUCUAUGGUUUCUGGAGAUAGAGAUUCUGUGCCGCAUGAAGAAAUGGGCUCAAGAAGCAUGACAAGAAACCUUUCGGAACAUCCUGUGUUUAUGCCUGCUAUCGAACUGAGAAACUUGGUUCGAAAUCCAGCAAAUAGGGGUUCAACUAGCGGAAAUGUAAGUAUUCCUGGAAAUGUUGCCUCUACAUCUCGACCUGUUCCCAGUUCAGGUGUCCAUCCAUCAUCUGCUCCUACUUUUGCUCCUCAACACAGUCCACAAUUCCAACGAAGAUUUUCUGAAUAUGUUCACCGGUCAUUGAUGUCUUCUGCUGGCUCUGAAUCUGGAGGCCAGAGGAGUACUUAUUAUCCACUGGGUUCGGGUCCUGUUCCGUCACAAGAAAUUGGUUUUUCAUCUGGACCUGGUAACCUGGGCCAUGCUCAGUCACACCCAAGGUCAGCAUUGUGGGUAGAGAGACAAGGUGAUGGUGGUCCUGGACUCCCCUAUUUACUGCGAACAUCUGCUGCAGCCAGUGAGGGAAGUAGCAGACUUGUAUCCGAGCAGAUUCGCAAUGUCUUGGGUCUCAUGCGUAGGGGCGAGAGCUUGCGACUUGAGGAUGUUAUGAUCCUUGAUCAGUCUGUGUUUUUGGGGGUGGCUGAUAUUCAUGAUCGGUAUAGGGAUAUGCGGCUAGAUGUUGACAACAUGUCUUAUGAGGAGUUAUUGGCUCUGGAAGAGCGCAUUGGUAAUGUUAGCACGGGAUUGAGUGAAGAAACAAUUUUAAAUCGUCUGAGACAACGGAAAUCUUCUAUUGCAGUGGGGUCUCAGCUUGAUGCAGAACCAUGCUGUAUCUGUCAGGAGGAAUACAAUGUGGGAGAUGAUCUUGGAACUCUGGAAUGCGGCCAUAAUUUUCAUGCUGACUGUAUAAAACAAUGGCUGAUGCAGAAGAAUUUGUGCCCCGUUUGUAAAACAACAGCCCUGACGAAAUGAGAUGUGAACAUUCACUUUCUGGAUAUUUGUUCUCAUAUUGGAAAGAGGGCUAACCGUGAAACUGUGUCGCCCAUUUGAAUGAGUCAAAGGCACCAAUGCGUAUUGCCUGCUUCACCAUGAUACCACUCACCCAAGAGCCAGAGUAAAAUUUUCUAUUUUUGGUGAUUGUAUUCUAGUCAGCCAUGGCCUUGGAGAGGCGGCAGAUGCGCGAUUAGAAAAAAUAUAACUAGUUUCGAACCUUCCAUUUAUCAACAAAUGAUUACCUUGCAAUAUUUAUUAAAAAUUCAGCCUAUUGGCAUUACAGAUUGGA